CGUGCUGUCUCUCCUCAGAUCUCAGAGAUGGGGAAGGACUCGCUCCCUCCCUGGCUGCACUGGGACUCCAGCAGCAGACUCCUGCAGGGUCUUCCUCUAGAGGAGGACAAAGGCGUCCAUUACAUCUCCGUCUCUAUCUCCAACCACACAAAAUCAUCCUUUUCCUCUGAGGUGUUCUCCAUCGAGGUACUCCCUGAAGACCACCUGGACGCAGAUUCGGCUCAGCUGGUCUCCAACCAGGCGUCCACUGCGGAGGACGUGCAGCCGUUCAUGUGUAGCAACGAGGAGCCGGUGACGGUGCUGACGGUGAUCCUGGACGCGGAUCUGACCAAGAUGAGCUCCGUACAGAGGGUGGAGCUGCUGGAGGACAUGAGGGGCUUCUCCGGGGUCGGGCUGACACACAUGAAGAUACUGCCUGUGGUCAACAACCGUCUGUUUGACAUGUCCGCCUUCAUGGCCGGGCCCGGGAACGCCAAAAAGGUGGUGGAGAAUGGCGCCCUGCUGUCCUGGAAGCUGGGCUGCUCCCUGGACCAGAGCUCAGUCCCGAAUAUCAACAGCGUCCAGGGUCCGGCGAAGGAGGGCAGCAUGUCGGCCAGGCUGGGCUACCCGGUGGUGGGGUGGCACAUCGCCAACAAGAAGCCCCACGUCCCUAAACGGGUGAGGCGCCAACUAAACAACACCCCGACCCCCGUUCUAGCGGUGCUUCCUCCGACUACGGUGGUGGAGCCUCCAGUGAGGAUCGUCCCAACCCUUUCCUCGCCCUCUAUUGCUGCCCCGACCGAGAGCUCCGCCCCCCCUGUAAGAGGCCCUGUCCCCCUGCCAGCCAAGCCAACCAUAAAAGUCCUUCAAUCCAUCGCCCACACCCCAACACUGGGACCCCCUCAACCAACCAGGGUCAUGGAGACCACCAGCACCCUCCCUAUCCAGCCCACCAUGACCAGGCCUACGUACGUAGAGGCGACUGUGACCCCACCCAUACCUACGAGAAAACCUACUAAGAAACCCAGGAGACCCAAAUCCACACCCUCACCCAGGGAGCCAAAGACCACCACAGCAAAGCCGCCAAGGCGCACAACACCCUCCCCGGGGGUCCUGAUCCCAGACCCAGCCAACGAGAAGCCCGUCCUGCGUAACCCCAUCGACCAGGUCAAUGCUUUGGUGGGAACCUACUUCGAAGUCAAGAUCCCGUCGGAUACAUUCUUUGACAAAGAGGACGGGACAACUGACAAGCUGCGUCUAACUCUGAGACAGAAACACAACGAGGUGGUUGGGGAGACCUCCUGGAUCCAGUUCAACACCACCAGUCAACUCCUGUACGGGCUGCCUGAUGCCCAGCAUGUGGGCAAACACGAGUAUUUCAUGCAGGCAACAGACAAAGGCAGCCUGAAUGCUAUUGAUGCGUUUGAAGUGCGUGUGAACCGCUGGCCUGUCAAUGAUAAAUCCCCUGUCAUCUUCACGGCCCGGUUCGAAGGUGAGCCGCGUUCAAUAACAAACGACAUCCACAAGAAGAUCCUCCUGGUCAAGAAGCUGGCCUAUGCACUGGGAGAUCGCAACAGCAGCACAGUUAGUCUCCGAAACAUCACCAAAGGGUCCAUCGUGGUGGAGUGGACGAACACCAGCCUCCCUCAGAACCCCUGUCCAAAGGAGCAGAUAGCCAUCCUGAGUAGGACGCUGGCCAGUGCUGACGGAAAACCCUCCCAGACUUUCAGGUACUCCAUGGAUCCUGAAUUCAGACCUCUGGACGUCCACGUUAAGGGACGGGCAAGCUGCAGGACUUUCUCCUUCAUCCCACCCGGAGAGAUCGAUAUCCCAGAACCCCCUGCGGUCACUCCGGCUCUGGGAACGGGCCGGCAGAGCACCGAUGACGUUUAUCUGCACACCGUCAUCCCCGCCGUAGUGGUGGCAGCCAUCCUGUUGAUCGCAGGCAUCAUCGCCAUGAUCUGCUACAGGAAGAAGAGGAAGGGCAAGCUGACCAUCGAGGAUCAGGCCACCUUCAUCAAGAAGGGCGUGCCCAUCAUCUUCGCCGAUGAACUGGAUGACUCUAAGCCGCCUCCCUCUUCCAGUAUGCCCCUGAUACUGCAGGAGGAGAAACCCCCCCUGCCCCCUCCGGAGUACCCCAACAUGGCCACGCCGGAGACGACCCCCCUGAACCAGGAGCUUCUGGGGGAGUACACCGCCCUGCGGGACGAGGACCCCAACGCGCCUCCCUACCAGCCACCGCCCCCCUUCACCACUCCCAUGGACGGCAAGGGGUCCCGUCCCAAGAACAUGACCCCCUACAGAUCUCCACCCCCAUACGUACCCCCUUAAGACUUGUUCCACCCUCCCCUCGCCGGGUGGAGGGAGAGGACACCUGAGGAACUGUGACGGUUUCCAUUCUGGUGUUUGUCUGUCUGGACUUUUACAGGGAGGGAUGACAAGAGGUGCUAAUGUACAAAACAGCUACAGGGGAGUCUGGUUUGGGAGGGGGCGUCAUGAGGUGGGUGGGGUUUAACAGUAGACGAUGGGAUUGGUUGAAUCAGCUGGGAGGGACUACUGAUCCCUGUGGUAGACCAGCUACUAAAGUGGCCUAAAGACAAACAAAAUCUCGACCCGCCGUCUUUCCGGCCGACUCGUCGGUCAGGAGCAGCGAUUGGGAGCGGUGCUCUCCCAUCCCAGCAUUCAUUUUGCUCAUUUUAAAUACCGGAUUUUAUUCAGUUUUUCAUCAUUACCCCUAGGUUAUUAUCUUUUUUUCUUGACUGAAGUGUUUGCUAACAUGUCUUCUCGGUCUUGCUUUUUAAUAAUACGAGAAGACAGCAAUCUGCCAUCAGACCUUUAGGCAUCUAUCCGGGUUUUUAAUAAAGAGUGAGACCCUCUGAAUAACAAAAUCACACGACGGAUCUCACAUCAGCUUGCAGACUGUGUGUGUGUGUGUGUGUGUGUGUGUGUGUGUGAGUGUGAGUGUGAGUGUGAGAGAGACAGAGACAGAGA